UUUUUACAGUCCUCACUCCAACCGUUAGUUCAGCCAACAAAUCUCACUCAGAAUGCGUUUUAUUUAAGUCAGAGAUCCUAGCACAAGUUUUUGGCCUUGAGGAGCAAAUAAUAAUACGCUUUCAGUCAGAAUGUCUAAUAGCUGUCGUCUGCUUUGUGGUUUUUUGAUGAGUUUUGUCGGCUGGAUUGGGAUAAUAAUCGCGACCUCCACAAAUGAUUGGGUGCUGUCCUGUACAUACGGAUCGCACAGCUGCAGGAAUAUGGACGACCUGGAGACCAAAGGCUUGUGGACGGAGUGUGUCAUCUCUACUGCUCUCUAUCACUGCAUCCCUCUCAACCAGGUCCGCAGAAUACCAGCUUACAUCCAGGCAUGUCGUGUUCUGAUGGUGUCUGCCUCUCUGCUCGGUCUGCCUGCUCUGGCUCUCUUGCUGCUGGCGAUGCCCUGUGUCAAAGUCAGCCAGGAGACUGAAGGCACCAAACACAGACGCGCAGUUCAGGGAGGACUAAUAAUACUCGUCAUAUCUCUGUGUGGGAUGGUGUCGACGGUUUGGUUCCCCAUCGGAAAGCUGGACGGCCUGAUGUCUUUUGGAUUCUCUCUGUAUGCUGGCUGGGUGGGUUCAGCGCUCUGCUUUUUUGCCGGCUCUGUGAUGGUUUGUUGCUCAAAAGAUCACAGCCCAAGCGAGAAUCCUGAAUCCCGCCACUACUACUCAAACCCAGAUGGAGUUACCAGCACCGGCCCAAGCGAGAAUCCUGAAACCCGCUACUACUACUCAAACCACGAUGGAGUUACCAGCUCCGGCACAAGCGAGAAUCAAGAAACCCGUUUCUACUACUCAAACCACGAUGGAGUUACCAGCUAUGGCCCUGCUAAAAACAGCCAUGCCAAGAGCGAACAUGUGUGAGAGACUCACUGGAGAAAAAACAAAACUCAGCUCUUUACCUCAAGAUUUGAACACUCAAACUCACACAGACACAUAACAAAGAAGUAUGUGGAGAAUUAAUUUUCUCCCGCCAUGGAUUGACUGCACACAUCUGAAGAUUUUGGAGGGAACACACUUGGCAGAGGUUUGGAGUUUAAAGGGCCAUGACACCCCCCACUUUCGGUUAAAGUCUACUUCAGAAUAUUUUCAAAAGAUGCAUGAUUAAUGGGCGUGGAGCUCCGCAAGCAUAAGGCAGGAGUGGGCGUGGCCAGCAGGGGAGAAGGGGAGCGAACAACUGUUGAUGUCAGUUAGCUCACAAAAUGAGACAAACCGUGAAGAGACGCAUGAGUUUAUAGUUUACAAAGUUAAAAUGCAAAGAAAUAAACAGUAAUUUAAUGCCCUGCUACAUUUGUUAUUCGUAAUUUCAUAUACAGACAACCACAAUUUAUAUAAUUAUAAAGAUAAUCGUGUUCAUAUAAACACUAUAAAUGAGGACUUCUCCCUCAAUCCCCGGAACUCCUGAUACAAGACAACAUCCGCCAUUCUCCAAUUCUCGUGCUGCUCUCCCGACAAAAAUGCUAGCAGCACACACACAGCUUUGCUGUAUGAUCGGCCCUGACAGGAUCGCGGGGAAAAUCAUGCAACAAACCCCGUGGAUCAUGGAAACAGACACAUACGAGCCUUUAUAAACGGCUACUGCGUGCCCGUGGGUCCGUGUCUCACAGCUUGAGCUUGGCACUGGUCUGGCAGGUCUGCGUCUGCCUUGCCUUCGGAAAGCGCGUGCUGUCAUGCUCUCAUGAAUAAUUAAGCAGCCGGCUCUUCUCAUAGGAUAAGGAAACUCCGCUUUGAAUAAUAAUGAGAAACCGACGCAUCAUCAUUGCACUUGCGGUACUUCGCUAUGUCGCCGAUUUUGAUCCCGCCCCAAAAAUCAUUUUAAACCCGGAAGCUGAAAUUAGCUGACAAAAUUAUCCAGUUUACCCCACAAUUAAAGCUGACAGGUGCUAACAUUAUCUUAACUGAUGCUCAACACACACAAAUCUGUUAACAUAUAAAAAAAAGUUCUCCAGGGUGUCCUGAACCUUUAAAGGCCUUGUUCGAAAAGACAGAGAUGAAUCCAAAGGAAAAGACUUGUGAUUUUCCUGAGCAUGUUUAUUUACACAGUAUUCAUUUUACUUGUAUGUUUUGUUUUUAGUGACUUUAUUUUAACAUUACAAAAAAUGUUAGCUUAUUAGUUCAUGCCAACAUUUAGGACAGCUUAUUCACUCAGACAGACAGGAAGUCUAUGUGGUUAAAUGAGCAGAUGUGAUCUGCACUGUUUUCCUGGAGAGCAUCUUGCAGCAUCCUGCACUAAACCUCCUAGGAAAUCACUAAAAUAAAAUAAAGCGCCUGGAACAGGAAAACUGCUCAUUUUUAAUGUCUCAUAUGGUUGGUUGGUGAUUGAUUUAUUGUGGUCGAGCAUUAUUGUUUGCAAUUUUUUGGACAUAUUUGAGACAUCUCCGCUAAUAUCCACUUUGCAUUUUUACUAUAAAGGUGCUGUAAGUUUUA